CAAACCUGAGGAAAAUGCCGCAGCUGAACAGCGGUGGAGGGGAUGAUCUGGGGGCGAACGAUGAAAUGAUCUCCUUUAAGGACGAAGGGGAGCAGGAGGAGAAAGCCUCCGAGAACGCUCUCACAGAGAGGGACUUAGCAGACGUGAAGUCAUCGUUAGUCAGCGAGUCGGAGACUAACCAGAACGUGCAUCCUGCAUCCGAUCCAGGGGCGAUUAGACGUUCACAGGACAAUCAAAGAAUUUACCAAGACAAAUCCAGAAGUCACAUCGAUGACGCUUUAAAGCAGCGUCAAGAUGGAGGGACAUUCAAAGGGUCAGCCUACUCGGGAUAUCCCCACUUUCUGAUGCUCCAAGACCCCUACCUGCCUAAUGGAUCCCUCUCUCCAUCUUCAAACAAGGUUCCUGUGGUGCAGCCAUCUCAUGCAGUCCAUCCCCUCACACCUCUCAUCUCCUACAGCAAUGAGCACUUUGCCCCAAGUUCACACUCACCACACCUUCCAGCAGAGAUCAACCAAAAAUCAGGUUUGCAUCGGCCACCACAGGGUCCUGAUCUGGCUGCUUUAUAUUCUCUGUCUCCUGGUAGUACGGGACAGAUCACUCCUACAUUAGGCUGGCAAGGUCAGCCUGUGUAUCCAAUUACAUCAUGUGGAUUUAGACAACCUUACUCUUCACCGCUUCCACCAAGCACUUCCAUAUCCAGGUUUCCCCAUCCCCUGGUGUUGGGCCCUCCAGGCAUGCACUCUACAGGCAUCCCCCAUCCUGCUAUUGUGAGUGCUUCAGGCAAACCAGACAUGAAUCAAUAUGACAGUGGGCUGAGAUCCAUGAAACCUAAUCCUGAACCAAAAAGGGAAAAAGAGAGUAAAAAGCCUACUAUCAAAAAACCUCUCAAUGCAUUUAUGCUUUACAUGAAAGAAAUGAGGGCAAAAGUUGUAGCUGAGUGCACUCUGAAAGAGAGCGCAGCCAUCAAUCAAAUCUUGGGUCGAAGAUGGCAUGCUCUCUCCCGCGAAGAACAGGCAAAGUACUAUGAAUUGGCAAGGAAAGAACGACAACUACACAUGCAGCUUUAUCCAGGCUGGUCUGCCAGGGAUAACUAUGUGGUGACCCCACAGGUGUCGGAAGCCCUCAGUGCCUUACCAAGUGGCUAUUCUUCACGUGAGCCAAGUCAGCAAGUUCAGCAGGGUAAAAAGAAAAGAAGGAAAAGAGAAAAGCAGCAAGACUCUGACCCAGAUCCAAGCUCUCCUAAGAAAUGCCGGGCACGCUUUGGCCUUGACCAACGGACAGACUGGUGUGGCCCUUGCAGGAAGAAAAAGAAGUGCAUUCGAUACCUGCAAGGAGAAGCCAGGUGCUCCAGCCCAGUUUCUUCAGAUGGAAGUGUGAUGGACUGUCCUUCCCCUCCUCCUAAUGCACUCCAGCCUCCAGCAGAAACUUCAGCCAAGCUUGCUAAUUCUACAGAUGUAGCGCAACCCGCACAGCCAAAUACAGUCUCUUUCUCUGCUCAUUCCCAGCCUAAUACAAAUCUAACUGGACUUUCUAUACCGUCUACACUGGACUCUCAUCUAUACAAUAGUACUUUACUGAACAUGCCACAUCAGCAUACAAUGACAAGAUAAUGGGCAACUUCAACCAUGAUGACUAAUUGAGUAGUAGCAUCCCAGCACUUCAGUACAGUAUGGCGAAUCCAUGAUGCCUGUAACCAGGUCCAACCAGUGUAGUGUACAUUCAAAGAACAAGCGCUCUGAAUUUUGACAUCCUAUCAAGACACAAACCGAAAUCUGAUUCUGCUCUUUGAAAAUUUUUCAAUGAGGAACAUUGAACAAUAGAAACAAAUAUGCAAGUUGUCAUUCAAGCGUUCCUGUCAGUCUUUAUCAUGAUUGCUCUAUCUGUGAUUGAGUUCAAAAACUAUUGCAAUAAUCAAAUAGUUUAUUUAUAGUCAUUUAACAAACAAAACCAGGCUAUUUCAUAGUUAGUGCUUUAAUCUGGGGGAUCCGUUUAUCUCUGUAUAUACCAGUAUAUGUAACAUUACUCCUUCACACUUUCCCAUGGUAGAGUAUGUGGUUUCUUUUCUCCUCCUUUAGCAAUGGAAGUAAUUCAGAUAUAUGGAAAUUAUAAAUUCAUCCAAUCAUGGAAAUCUUACAGCAAUUAGCACCUAAAGAAAAGUUCCACAUUCUCUCCCUUAAAUCAAGAGCCGUCUGAUUUGGCGUUUUCAGCACUAACUAGAUCAUUUUAAUAAGCAUUAGUUUAUAUUAUUCCCAUGCUCUAUAAAAUCUUAUGAAGCUGUAAUUUGUCUAGGGAGCAUUAUUUCUUCAUAGACAAAACAUAUUAAUAAUUACUCCUUAAGAAAAGGUGAAUAUAGAUGCUACUUUCUCCAAAUGGUUAUUUUAAGUUUAGGGUAUGAUCCCAGCUCCCACUUACACUUAGCAACAGGGCAUAAAUUCCUUCCAACUAGCACUUUUCACUAAAUAUGAUCUUGAACAAGACAAUAGGGAGACAACAUGCUGAGAUGUUAUAAUCGAUAAGGCUGUACCUAAUUACCGCUGACCGUUUUUGUAAUGCCUAGACUAGAGAUAGACAACGUCUAAUUUGAUUAUAUUUUAUAUUUUCUAAUGUGCUUUAAAUUCCUUACAUUUAGAAGUUUACUAUUGAAGUGUGACGCAAAUUGAUGGACCUACAAAAAUUAAAUUUUUUGACUUUCUGGUUUCUAAUUUUUAUUUAAGUACAGUAAAUGAAGAUUUUUUUGUUAUUAUGAUUUUUGGGUGCACUAUUUCCACAGUUACAUACUGUCCCUUUAAAAAUGUUAACCUCUGUUGUGUGGUUCCCAAAAGAAAACCAACAAUAGAUAAAGCCUGAAAGCCUAAAAUACCAGGGCCAGUAGGAGGGAGCUAACCCACUUCAGUAAAUCAAUGAUAACAAAGUGUGGAGCUGUAUGAACACAGCAGGCCAAGCAGCAUUUAGGAGCACAAAAGCUGACGUUUCGGGCCUAGACCCUUCAAUCAGCUUUUGUGCUCCUAAGUUGCUGCUUGGCCUGCUGUGUUCAUCCAGCUCCACUCUUUGUUAUCUCAGUAAAUCAAUGCCUGUGAUUCUCAACCUCGGCAUUAAAUUUGGAAAAGAGGCUGUGGGAUUGCCUGAACCUGCUAAAAUCCACACUUCUAAGUGAAAUCCAGAUUAUUUAUUUGCAUGAUACUCAGCAAUAGUGAAUAGCCAAGAGUUUGGUCCUCCUUUCUCCAGCAUGCUGUCAGCCAAGACUGGUAGUGUUGAAGAGAGACAUGACAUCAGAACCCUCUAGUUUUAUGGCCAGGGAUGAACUGGCUCAGCUGCAAAUUGGGAGAUCUCACAGGGUUAUAUAAUCGGUGCCUUUCUCUCUCUGCGAAAAAUUUUGGGUAGUCAGUUCUCCCCCAUUUGUGGCUACUCAGCUCAGAGGAUCUUUUGUUUUUCCUUCAAUAAAUCCUUCAGCUAAUCAUGUGCACAAAGGAAGAGCACAUCAAAUUAUACAGUAAAAACGUUAUGUUGUCUUUAGAUGAGGCUGUAUUGGUAAAGAUUAGCAUUAUGGGUUAGAAACUUUCAAUUCGGGUUUGAAUACAGCCAAAAUAAACAAACUCAGAAGUUCUUUUCUCUCUCAGCUCUUUGAAUCCUAUGGGAAAUGAGUUUGGGGCAGUCUCAUCCUACUUGUUUUAAAAAAAACACCUCAAAUGGCUCAUUGUGUUGCUUUACAGUGAAAAUCUCAAUGAGAGAACCUAUAGGAUUGACCGCAGUGAGAAAUAGCAGUUUUGCGCUAAUUCAUAGGGGUUGCUUUUCUCAUGUUUAGUUUAGGGCAUUUUGUUGGAAAGGAGAGUUUUGCCCUACAGCUUGCACCAAACAACAGGUGUACAAAGUUAAAUAAAUCUUCCAUUCUGCAGUGUUACCCCACCCUUUCUCCCACAUCCCCAACAGAUUAGAACCAUCAUGUAGUCAUACACGUAAACUAAUGAGGAAGAUAUAAUUAUAGCACCACUGUGGAAUUUGCUAGAUCUCAUUUAAUGUAGCAUGGGAAAGCGAGUGAGCUCCAGAUUUGGAAUCAAGCCUGACAUUUGUGCACCUUCUCCCCUUUUCCACAUGUUAAGUUUAUAUAUUAACUCUGUGAAGAGUAAAAUGAGUGAAUAAAGAUAUUUUUGUUUGAAUUAUGGCAUCUGAAAACAUUUAUUUUAAAUAAUAAUUGCUUUCUAUGUAUAUUACAUUGGUUGAUGGGUCUUUCCAUUGUUAAUAAAAGACUGCUUUGCAGGCAGUUAAAAACUAGCAUUUAUACUGUCAAACAGAUAAAUGAAGUCAAUAUUUGACCUGGAUGUUACUUUUAUGAAGCCCUGAAAUGUUCAAACAAUCGCAUAGUUUUAUUGUUGUUAUUUCAUUUUCUUGCCUAUUUGUACAAAAAGUUUGAAGAAAACAAAAAAAAUAUAAAUAUGAAACUUGCUUUUGCUUUUCUGUGUGUGUAUUUCAGGCUGUUGUAAUAUUUUUAUGAGUUAUAUUUUUAGGGGGAAAUAUAAGUAGAAAUAGAGACAGGGUUUUAUACCAGUUAUAAUAUUUCAUAUUUCCAACUAAGUAUUGUUUCGCCCUCAGUGACAAGAAAGCAACAAAACCUUGUCAACAUCUUUUUAUUCACACAAGAUUUGUUUGCAUUUUUGUAGAAAACUGCUUUCAGGGACACAGAUGUAUUUCCCUUGAACAACGUAAUUACAGUUCAGUCAAAAUGCCAGUAACACAUGGUCACGUCCAUGUUGAUAACAACCAAAAUUUGUAAGUAAGCAGAAAAGAUUAUUAAGUCAUUGA